AUGAAGGGGAGCAAAAACAAACGAAUCAAGCGAACGCUUGAUUUUUAUCGGCAGCUCUACGAUCUCACGGAGCCUUACCGCGUGCUAGUGGACGGGUCAUUUGCGUAUGCUGCGCUGAAGCAUCGCAUCCAUGUCAAGGAUAAAAUAACAGAGCUUCUUGGUGGCACUACUCACACUUAUGUUACCAACUGCAUCCUGAAUGAGCUUCGUGACAUGGGGGAGGAGAUGUCCGGCGCUAGUUUGUCCUUGAAGCGUUAUCAGAGACUUAACUGCACGCAUGGAUCAAGCGACAAGGGUGCCAAUUCGCGUCGUUGCAUUACAAGCGCAGUGUCAUCCGGCAACUCACAGAAGUUGUUCGUUGCCACUCAGGACCAGAGUUUGAUCGGCUGGUUGCGCAAGUCUGGGGAUGUACCCAUUGUGAAGCUGAACAACAACGUCAUGUUUCUCGAGCACCCUGCGAAGAGCUCCAAAGAAUAUAAAGAAUUCGUUGAAAAGGGUAAACUCCUCCCCAAAGAUUGGGAGAAGCCUUAUUUGCCCGUGUUGUCGGAUGCCAGUUAUGCACCUGUCAAGCGGAAAAAGAAAAAAACCAAAAAUCCCAACCCGCUAAGCUGUUUGAAACCCAAACGGAAAGCUGCGAAACCCCAACAAACAUCUAAACCUACUAUCGCAGAUGCCUCUACAGAACAUCAGGAACCGCGGAAACGAAAACGCCGACGCAAGGGUAAAUCAGGCGCUGAAUCUUCGGAAGCUGGAGGGGAAACAUCUGUGGACUCAUAG